UAACAGAACAGAACAGAACCUGUAAACGGUCUAACAGUUAAGGACAUUAUGAAUUAAAUUAGAUUGUUAAUAAUAAUUCUAAUAUAAUAUCAUUUAUUUAAAUUGAAAAUAAAUAAUUACAUAGGAAAACUAAUUUACUAUAUGAAAUUAAUAAAUUAAAAUUUAUAAGAUACUAUUUUUCAUUUUCAUGAUUUUGAAUAAAAUUUAUAUUCUUAUUCUCAUAAAAUCAAGUGUCUGUCAAAGAAUAUAUACAAAAUGACAACUGCUGCUAGGCCCACUUUUGAUCCAGCAAAAGGUGGUCAAGGUCGUGGUGAGAAAGAUUUGAGUGCAAUCUCUAAACAGUAUAGCAGUCGUGAUUUACCAUCACACACCAAAUUAAAAUACAGAGAACAUGGGCAAAGUACUAUUGAUGAACUACGAAAUCGUGAUUUCCGAAAAGAAUUAGAAGAACGUGAGCAUGAAACUAGGAGUAAAGAGCAACCUCGUAAAACAUCUAUAGAAUUAUCAAAAGAAGCUCCACCUAUUAAGAGAAUAAAAAUUGAUCAAGUUGCAGCAGCUAGUUUAGAUGCUGAUGAUCCGUUAGAUGAAGAUGAUUCAGAUUCUAAUAGUGAUGAUGACGACACUGAGGCACUGAUGGCAGAAUUACAACAUAUAAGAAACGAACGGGCUAUUGAUCAAGCAAGGAAGGAAAUGGAAAAACGUCAGGAAGAAGAAAGAAUCCGAAUGGAAAAUAUUUUGUCUGGCAAUCCCCUUUUGAAUUAUUCUGCACAAAGUAGUAAAACUGAUAUGAAAGUUCGAAGGCGUUGGGAUGAUGAUGUGGUUUUUAAAAAUUGUGCUAAAUCAGAAUCUAAAAGGAAACAAAAUACUUUUGUUAAUGAUUCUUUGAGAAGUGAAUUUCAUCGAAAAUUCAUGGAGAAAUACAUAAAAUAAUUUCUUUUUUCUUAAAUGAAAUUUUUUUAUACUUAUUUAGCUAUUAGAUUGAAUUGAAAAUACGUCAGUGUUAAUUUUAAUUUCUAAAAGUAAUUUCAUCAUUGUAUGUAGGUUAAAGCUAAGUCAGCUAAUAGCUUUCAACUGUAGUAACAAAUUUAUUGAUAUUCUCAAGCUUGCCAAUAUCAAUAAAAUUAUUUGAUUCAAUUCAAUUGACUGAAUCUUAUAUUUAUUUUCUUAAAUUAUUAUAGAUACUUUGGAUCUUGCUAUCUUUCAAGCAAAUUAAAACGGUUAUUCUGUACAAUGAUGAAACUUAAUCAGAUUGCAAGUGCUGUAGGAGUAGACAGUUAAAAACAAAUUGUAUGGUUCAAUUGGUAAAUAAAUACAGUGGACAGAUUAAUUUAAUUCGAUAACUAAAAUUCAAUGUCAUCGUUGAUCAUUGAUUUAUCAUAUAACAGACUAUAAGUGACUGCGUCCACAUGCUAACCCAUAUACCUUCCCCAGUCUAGCCUGCAAACUAAUACAAAAAUAUGUUUUAACGUUUAAAUCCAUAGAUUUUCAAUUGCCCAAUUCAACUGCGUUUUUUGUUUUAUUUGCCUAUAUUCACUUUAUUUACAAAAAUUAAUAAUUAUAUCCGGUAUAUCUGCAAACUUCAAGCAUCAAUGUCUUGAUAAUUAAGUAAUAUUACUUAAUUCCUGAAAAUGCAAAAAAUUGCCCUUGAGAUGAUUUAAUUCGCCCAGUCGAUUGCAAUGACAAAUAAUAAAUUUUUCACGUGAUUAUUCAGUCGCAACUAUGGCGUUGUGACGGCUAGCCAUAACUUAGUUUUUUUUAUAUUUAAUUAUUAAAUAUGACGAACGGAGUGGGAACCUUCCUGAUUUCCCACGAUGAAAACGCAUUCGAAAUAUAAACUUUGAUAGUGGCCCGAGCCUGCGUACUCAAGCUUACAAUCAACGCUCUAUCCUGCUUUGUCCCACACGUAUGUGUUGACAGGGGCCUACGAUCAUCGCGUAUACAUCGUGAAGUGUUAUCACACGCCGAUAAUGGAAGGGGACCAUAAAAAUGCAAUCUAUUUUUUUUUUCCCACCGAUUUUUAAGAAAAUAUCCGUAAUAUUAAAUAGAUUUUCAUCAAUUUUGUAAGCCAUUAUAAUGCGCACCUUUUUGUCACCGAAUAACCAAUAAAAUAGAACAAUAAUGUAUUUUAUAAUAAAUCGUAAAAGGUUUGAAUUUUUCUGAAUGUUCAUAAUAGUCACUAUGUUUCGUCAUAAUUAAUUAAGUUUAGUACAAUUAUGUAUAAGUAAUUAUAAGCUAUAGCGUUACUCUUGCUCUUAAAAGUGGCACUCCGAGAGCCAUCUCUGGAGAAAAGGGCCCAAGUUAAAAGGGGACCGCCCUUUCUCUCUCUGAAAAUUCACGCCCACAGACCAAUAAAGAAAUUUUGGAUAUGAUUAGAAAAUUUCCGACCAAUACAAAAUUUAGCCGUUAUCGCUUCAUGGGCCUGAGGAAAGGGAUUUCCACCCAACCACCCACGGCUUAUAAAAAGCUCUGUACAAGGCUGGAGAGGAAGUUAAGUUAAGUUCAGUUCAGUCAGUUAAGUUAGAGGAAGUCAAGUUCAGAUAGAGUAAGUGCGGAGUGAGCACCAGGAAGUCCGUAAUAAGAAGUUUUUACUAGUGAGCGAGUCCCGGAGCAAGCAUCAAAUCACCCAAGUAUAUUCAGAACAUAUAGAGAGAGAAAGAGGCCAAAGAGCAGAGAGAGAACGCAACAUUAAUAAUAACUAAAUUGAUAAAAUAAAAGUAAGUAAAAUCUUAAACCUGGCUAUCCUUUUCUUUCUUUAAGUAAUCCGCCUUUCUUUUGGAAAUUCAUUAAGCGUGAGUCUGGUGAAUUUCCAUUAAAGUCCCUUAAGAACACAUUAAGCGUGAGUCUGGUGUGUUCGUAAUAACAUUUGGUUAUUACAUUCCCCGUUAGCAUACAGUUUUCUCAACGCAACAAUAUUGCUCGUCCCGGCUUGUGUGUUACACGAUAGCCAAAUCAGAGCAACCCUGAGUUUACGCUUGCUCCAAGCGUACCUGAGAGUGACCCCGACGUCACAGCGUUGAGCAGUAAAGACCCACCUGAUGCCACCCCUAUUGAAAAAAUCCAGCUGGAAAUUCAGGCUGGAUU